UUGACCUUCACCGCCGACAUCAGCACGGUCGAGUCGACGAACUGGGUCGGUUCAGGACGAGCUGGGGUUGGCAUGGCCUGCUAUCGCGAGACCCACGUGGCUGAAGUCUGCCCUCUAGGCUUCGAGCACAAGCUCGGCAUGUGCUGGGCGCAGUGUCCGCUUGAAUACCCCGUCGAGUGCGGGAUGCAAUGUAUCAGACAGAACGACGACUGCACGCUCGAAAUGCUGUCGAAAGUGUCGGCCGUAGCUCAAUCCGCUCUUUCGCUCGCAACUUUCGGAGCUUAUGGGGCGUUUUCCAAAAUGGCGAAGGGCGUCCCGAUCGCCUUCAAGUGCGGCAAGGAGGUCGCGAACCUGGUCAAGGCGUUAUCCAGAUACGUGCGGACAGUCAAAGUGUCAGACCCACAGACCACGACCGACCAGCUCCUGACGAAGCUGUACCAGACAGACAACGUGGUCUACGACCUGCCGAUCACGAUAAUGUCGUGCCUCGGGAUCAAUGUGUCCACGGGGAUGAAGGUGUCCGACCGCGUAACCAACACCAUCGAGCUGUUCGUGAGAGAGAUCAUCGAAGGCAACACCACCAUUGCCUCAAGCUGGACAUCAUUCACCACCUUCAUGAAGGCAAUUACGCUGGGUGACACCAUCGACAGUCUGGAGGAGAGCGACAUCACGUCGCUGCAGUCCGCACUACAGUCCAAUUCAACGUGUGGUGACGAUAUGAAGCGCCUGACAGACCGCGCGUGGUUGAUCAUAGCCAACCUUCGCAGGGAGAAUCCGAGUAUUUCUGAGGAUGAAAUCCGCGUGAAAAUGGUCGAGUCGAACUUGAUGCUGCACGAGAUCCCCACGGUCACCAACAACUGCAUGGUGGAAUGUGAUGGUGACAACUCCAUCGCCAGUUUUGGUCCAAGUACCGAUACUGCUGUUGAAGGCCUUCCCCACUGUUGUAAGCCCCAACGCGGGUCCCAGACGGCUACGAACAUCAUGGCCUUGUCUGACAUGGAGUACACGUACUCUUCAGCGGAGAGGUACGUGCCGUUAUCGCAGGUUCCAGAGCUGAUGAGGUCAUCCAGGAUCCCGCCGAAAGUUUUGCGUAAAGUAUCGCGCGUGGUAAGGCGGUUGAUUCGUCCGACUCCUCGAUCAACUGCUCCAAGUCGGGACACGGAGGACGUGCACGUGAACGCCAUGUCAGGGGGCAACAAGAUCGCCGAAGUGGCUGUCCAUGCUGGCACGAAUGUGACGUGGGUCUCCAAUGUCACGGCUCUAGGGGGCAAGACGCUGUAUCUGGAUCGAUGGAGGGAUGGAUUCCUGGGAAUCCCCGGUACCGGAGGUGGGUCCCUCAUGCUUUGGGUCCCCCGAUCAACUCAAGGCGGUCGGCUGGAGCUCACCACAGUGCUCAAUGUUAGUUAG